AUACAAUUUAAGUUUUCAUUAACUGUUUCUAACCUUUUUCCGAAAGUAAUUUGUAAAAUAUUUUUAGAAUAAUGUUUAAAAAAUUCGAUGAAAAAGAAAGUAUUUCUGGAGUGUUACAACUCAAAUCGUCUGUUCAAAAAGCAAUUCGAUCUAAACUGGUUGAAUCUUACCCUUAUUUGGAAAAUUAUAUAGACGUUAUUUUACCGAAAAAAGAUACUCUUAAAAUAAUAAAAUGCCACGACCAUAUAGAAAUAGUAGUCAAUUCAAAUGGAGAUUUAUUAUUUUUCCGCCAAAGAGAAAGUCAAUGGAUGCCAACUUUAAGACUUCUACAUAAAUAUCCUUUCUUUUUACCUAUGCAGCAAGUCGAUAAAGGUGCCAUAAGAUUUGUUCUUAGUGGAGCAAAUAUUAUGUGUCCAGGUUUAACAUCUCCUGGAGCUAAAAUGACUGAUGUACCAAAAGAUACCAUAGUGGCUAUUAUGGCUGAGGGUAAAGAACAUGCCUUAGCAAUUGGAAGAACUACCUUAUCUACUGAGGAUAUAGCCAAGAUAAAUAAAGGCAUUGGUGUAGACAAUUGCCAUUACUUAAAUGAUGGAUUAUGGCAAAUGAAACCGGUUAAAUGAAUUAUAUAUUUAAAAAAUGUUUUUUAAUAAAAUAUUCUACAUAUUAAA